AUGGACGCGUUUUAUGAAGAGAUUUCUUUGGCUGAAAAAAGUUAUCGCCAGCAUUUGGGAAAUGUUCAAGCUAUUAUUCACUUACUUGAUCCAAUACAGACGAUCAACAAUAGUCAAUCUGGUCAUCUCGAUGGAAAAAAUCACUCACUAUCGAAAUCGUACAAGUAAGUGAAAUUCAUAUUUGAAAAAAAGAUAGAAUGACUUAUAGUGCACAGCGUGAGCGAAUGACGUUAGCAUCUUAUACUAUCAAUUAUAAUCUUGGUUGGUGGCUAACUGGCUAUAGUCUCUUGUUUUUCCAAAAUAAUGCUCAAAGCACUAACAGUUUCACAUGGAAAAAACCCGCCAAGACAAUGUCUCGAAAAGUUAUACGUGCACGUGCUGGUUGUAAUAAUACUGUCGACUGACUGGCUAGGUUUCUGGUACUUUUGAGUUUUGGCGUUGAGUAUAUUAUUAUAUUAUUAUUAUAUGUUUGAAACUAUAAGAUAUUUGAGUCUUUUAAUAUGUUGUUCUAUCUGUCACUUUUGUCUGCCAAUGGUAUCGUAAGAAUGCGCUAGGAAAAGACCGAAAAGUGAUUAUACUGUUAUCAAUAAAGUAUGAAGUGGUCGGCAUGGUUAGAAAAGCACAACUGUUUCCUUCACACGAGCACAUCAAGAUUACAAGUUUUUUGUUUUGCCACCGGCACUCUCAUUUACGAUGCAAUAGUAAAGCAUGCAUACCAUAUUUAUUCGUUUUAGCGCCGCCCCCUAAAUAUACGCCGCUUUAUGAUCGCACAUUCGAAGAUCAUCUGACAGUCACAAUCAAGGAAAUUAAUUCGUAGAUUUUUCAAAAAUUUCACAAAUUGAAGUAAUCCUAUCACGCCGUGCGUCAAUUUUGGAGCCCAGCGCCUGUGCAUGGUAGAAAACUUGUUCGUACAAAAAUAUCUCGAAUGUAGAGUUCAGAACUUUGCUUGAUCGCAAACUUCCAGGAGAUGCCGGAACCAACGGUGCAGCGAUGUUUUAAAGUCAUAUAAUGUCACAUGUAUUGCCUUUGUGUAAUUAGUAUUCAUACGUCACAGGUGCGUACUGUAUCACUGCGCACGGUGUUUUAAAUCUGCGAACAAAGCGUAAAACACCGUGCGCACUGCACGUACCAUAGCACCUAUGACGUAUGAAUACUCAUUACACAAAGGCAAUACUUAUGGCGUCAUAUGACUUUAAAACACUCAGUACACACCUGUGACGCAUGAAUACUAAUCGCACAUACCUAUGACGACAUAUAGCGGGAAAGUUUUGCUGAUGUAAUUUGGCGGUAAACUUACGCUGGAUGAGGGAUAAAAUACUAUUAAUGUAAAAACAAUUGUAAAAUUUCUCUUAAGCUAUUCAAUAUUAAUUUUUACUUAUUAUUAGGUUGUGGCUAGCCAAACAUCACCCUGACAAAGCAAAAGCCAAAGGCGAAGCUGGUUUGGAAGAAACCGACUUUAUAAAAGAGUACGGAAAUAUUUUGCUUAAAACGAACAAUGUAAGAAUUAGUAUCCUAUUAUUAAUACCAACGAAAAAAUACAAUAUGUUAAGAUAAGAUAAUUUAAAUUAACACACCAUAUAUUGAUUUUUUAUAUUAUUUGUCUUAUAUGGACUAUUUUUCUUUUUUGGGUGUGCAGAAUGCUGCUGUAUGUGAUUUGUUUGCUAAACUUCACGAAUUAGGUAGUCAUUCCAUUAUUUCCCAAGUAGAAGCUCAAGAACUUGACUACAACGAUGCUAAAAGGUACAAGAAUAGCAUAAAGAACGCAUUAAGAGCUGUUAGACAAUACAACGAUGAAUGUGACGUUGGAUGUUUGAAAGAAGGGGAAAUCAUUGAUCAGCAAACGUACAGCAGAGAUUUUCCAUCUACUGGAUCUGUUUUCGAUUUUGGUGUUCGAAAAAAUUUAGCAAAUCCUAAAAUUGAUCAGUUAUCAUCAAUUUUGAAAAAACGAGAAGAGAAGAAUAUUCCCCUGGUUGUAACAAGAGUUAAAUGGAACGAUGAAAAAAGCAAUUGCAGUUUAGUCGGUGAUUAUAGAGUGUUGUGUUAUAUACCAGAGCAAGAUUGGAUCGAAAUCCAGCUUAUGUCUCCUGUAGAUGACCUGGGGUCCAAAUGCAAGAUCUCUUCUGUUGUUAUUGAUGCAUUUGAAAAAUUAUUGGAAUUACUGAGAUCGUGUGUGGUGUUCCUUAAAAAGAAGAGGGAUUUAGAAGAGAAAAAUUGCCAUAGGUAUAAGUCACUGGGUUUUUUCCAAUAUUAAAGGGAUAAAUAAUCUUUUGCAGAAAACUUAGUUAUUUUAUAAUACAAUGGCAUCAUUACAAGUUGAUUCACAUAGCGAACAAAAGUAUGUGAUGACGAGUGACUACAAUUGACAGGUUCGAUUGGUGAUAUUUCGAGUCUAGUUUCUUCGAUAUCUAUAUAUUCUAUGCACAUUCAGAGUAACAUCACAAGCAUCAUAUUCGCUCGAGUACAUAACACCAACACCCAAAAAAUCAUAUCAUAGAGUACAUAAAUAUAGAAGGAACUAGACUCAGUUCCGAAAUACACCGGCUCGAACCGACUUGACCUCGAAGCUCAGUUGACAGACUAGUAUCCCAAAGGUUGCGGGUUCGAUUCCCACCGUGGUCAGGCCAGUGUGGAUGCAUACUUACACUGGCACUAUAAUUAUUUUUUUUAUUUUCUUAAAUGUAAAGUAACUUGUAUAACUUGUUGCGAUAUUUCAUUUUGUUUAAUUAAACAUUAAUUGCAAACAUAUGACGUUAUUCACCUAAUAACAUGUAUAACAAGAUAUCAGAAAAUGUUGCACAUCGAUCUUUGCUUUGUUGUUCGUUUUCAAAAAAGUAGUAUACUUAAAUUAAUGCCGUUGUGAAAUUAACAAAGUGCUACAUCUUCAAAAAAUGUUGACAAAAAAUAACAAAGAUAUGUAUGUAAUGGAGUGAAUGACGUCACGUGCUCUGCAAUGCUUCAUAAACAUAUUUCGACAAUUAGACAAGGAAACAAAUAUCUCAAAAGAAGUUACUUUACAGUUUUAUGAGUUACUUCGUUUAAGACAAUAUAAAAUUUAAUGAUUGUGCCAACUUAAUAUUUUUUAUUGCUAUGGAAGCGAGCGACGUACGUUUUUCUUAUUUUGUUUUGUAUUCUAUUUUAGACACUCGUUUGGUUUCCAUGUGGUUAAAUUAGUUGAAUGUUUUGCUGGUGCCAAAGAAUCGAGUCUCUUCACAUUUGAUCAACACAUGGAAGAAAAUGCCGCUUUAGAGGAGUUCUUAUAUUUGAAUGGUCUUCGUAAGUGGUCGGUAGCUAGUGAUGGAUUGUGCUUAAUAAGCAGCUGGCAAAUCGCAAUGAAAACACACUUGCAGAAAAAUUACAGCGGUGGAAAUGCGGCACUCAAGUUUGAUGCAGUUGACGAUUUGCGUAAAAACCCAAACCACUAUCAACUCAUUGGUAAUUACGAAGAUGAUUUCGAGAGGUUCUUGGAAUAUAAUGAUUACGCUGGUAAUUCUAUAGAUUUAUUGCCUUAUGCACUUGCCAACAUCACUGGUGUGUGUUGUAUAAUACUUCAAGUGGACAAAAAUGGCGAAAUUCGUACCUUUCACAUUCCCCCAUCAUACGACAUACCUGAUAACGAACCAAUUGUUAACCGACCUCCAGAAAUAACACUGAUCUACUCACCAACUAGACAGCAUUACGAUGUUGCCUUGACAUGUGAUGAAUACCAAGCAAUGGUUAUGGAAAAAACAGAAGCGCAAAAGGUAUUUAUUGAUCUUUCCAUAGACGAAGAUAUUAUUGAUGAAUCCGAAUGUAGCGACAGUAGCAUUGAUAAUGAAGAUAUGUACCGGGAUAUUUUCGCCGAUGACCCGGACAGUUCUGAUGACGAAAAUUUUACAUUCUGCGUUGAUGAUAAAGAGAUAAAGUUGUUUCUCCGGUCCAAGUCGAUAAAAGAAUUAAAGCUCUUAGCUGAACAGCACAAAAUAUCUCUUGUAAAUGUAAUCGAAAAGCAGGAUCUUGUACUACGUCUAGCUAGUAAUCCAACAUUGAAAAUAUGUGUAUCGAAAGAUAUGGGUGAGAAGAAAGCUGCCGAAGUGAAAGAAAGAAAACGAUCAAAGAAGGUAGAUCCCACAUGGUGGGAGGAUAUUGAAGCCAGAGAGGUGGAAAAAAUUCCGUACGACAUCGAUGGAACAUGCGUGUUCAAAUUAAGUUUCGAUCCCGUAGACCGACUCAAGUCCAGCGCAGAUGGAAGAUCUUGGGAAAAGUCGUACACAUGUAACACGAAAGAGUUUCCUAAUGGUCGAAGAAAAGCAGCGAAAUGUGGCGGCAGUUACACAUGCAUAAACAAUCUAUGUAUGUUUUAUGUACAAUAUGGGAAAGAAAACAACGUGCAAUGGAAGAAAACUGCUGCUGGGACCCGGCUAUGCAAGUGUUGCAAUCACUUAAUGCAACACAUACCAUGCGAGGCAAGAAAAAUAUGGGAGUUUCACCAAGAGCACGUCAUUGUCAGGCAUUUAGGAUUCCACACAUGUCCAGCAAGAAUUCCUAUGACCUUCCCCGAAGAAAUUAGCGAAACCUUCAGUAGAAAUCCCAAGACUAAACCCUCCAAAUUACAACGCGAUAUUCUGGUUAACUCUCUUCGAGAAUCCGGGAAUGUGAACGCCGUAAAAGAGUUGGCCACCAAUCUUCUCGACAAAAAAAAACUUAGAAACGAAAAACAAAAACAAUCUAAA